AUGCUGGUGUCCGGGAGAAGACGACUGCUCGUCAUGUGCACAAGCUUUGUGAUUCUUUCGCUUCUCACGCUGCCGUCCGAUGGCUCGUCGAAUUCCACGGAGGAUCUCGAUCAAAGCCGCAACAAGACCGGGAAUCCUCUCGAGGUAAUCAGGGUGGUUUUCUUGCAUCGAGUUUGUGGUUUUCAGAUCACAUGCACUCUAAGAUACUUGGUUCUGGGUUACAUUCGUUGGAGAACAAGGUCUUUCUUGGUUGUUUUCCUAUUAUUUAAUACACUGCUAACAGCAACAAAUCUCUCUCUCUCUCUCUUGCAGUUGACGCCUAGAACAGCAUUUCAGCUCAAGCUACACGCAUUGUUCCACUGGUCUUCUUUCGGUCUCUUGAUGCCUGUGGGGAUAUUGCUGGUCAGGAUGUCGAGCAAAUCAAAAAGCGGCAGAUGCAGCAGAGUGCUCUUCUAUUGCCAUGUCAUUUCUCAGAUCGCGGCUGUACUUCUCGCUACUGGCGGCGCGGCUCUGUCCUUGAUGAACUUUGAGAACUCCUUCAGUAACAGUCACCAGAGAGUAGGAUUGGCAUUGUAUGGAUUCAUGUGGCUUCAGCCAAUCAUCGGUUUCUUCAGACCAGAAAGAGGUGUCAAGGGAAGGAGCCUGUGGUUCUUCUUCCACUGGCUCCUCGGCAUCGCAGUUUGCGCCACUGGCAUCGCAAAUGUCUACUCUGGCCUCCGCACGUACCACAAGAGAACUGCUAAGAGCGUGAGCCUUUGGACCGGCCUCCUUACAGUUGAGAUCUCCUUCCUAGCUUUUUUCUACCUCUUGAUAGAUAGGUGGAGCUACAUGAUCAAGCAAGGACAUCUCCCGGUCGAGCAACUAAGACCAAACGAUAAUCACAGGACCUAUCCUACAACUCUUCGGAAAGAGCUGGGCAUGGUGCAAGAGUGA